AUGAGCCGCAAGAUGUUUUUCGGUACAAAUAGAUUUAUAGGACUUGACGAAGCAAUUGCCGAAGUCACAGCAAAUAGUUAUGAUGACCGUGAAUAUGAUUUGGUGAUAAUACCACCAAAUUCCAGUGUCGUGACUGACGAAGAGGGAGGGACUGAUGAAGAUAUGGUGACAUAUACGUUGCCACGAUAUGUGUCCGAUAAUAUUGAUGUUAUGGUACGUGAUGAAGGUACUUUUUCAACCGACUAUGAUUUAAGUGAGGAAGACCAUUGGCCGUAA